UGCAAUUUUGACAGGUAGCUGACAGCCAUAGUGGAAUAAGUUUGGUGCCGAAAAUGUAUAAAUUCACGACUCAUUUAGCAAAUCCAAAUUUAAUAUUGGUGAGAAAGCAAAUAGGUGAUGCAUCAUGCACAGCUCUCGUUGUGAUGCGAGCGCCGCGUCGCACGUAUGCUCAGUUUGACAAAGAUGCCUGUCCACCACCACCCAAAGCACCACCAAAGUCUCGAAAGGUUCUAUGGACAACUGUUGGAGCAACAAUUCUUACAGGAGCAGCGGUUGUUUAUGCUAAGAGCAGUCCAGAUGCCAGAAAUUGGUUAGAAUCAAACGCCCCAUGGGCUAAUGACUUUAUUGCUCUAGUUUAUCAGGAGAAUACAACAUAUUGGAAGGCUACCGUCAACCAAAUUAGUAGAGCGACCACAGCUAUUAGUAAUUUCAUGUUUGGAAAGGAAGGUGUAUCUCCAUUAGAUUUCCAGCAAAGAUCUGAACAGGAUCUGGAGAAAGAUGCUGCGGAACAUUUUGCUAAAAAAGAUUAUGAAUUGCCACCUCCGAAAUUUGAACCGCUGUAUGUACAAGAAAAACCACCCGUGAAACCAGAACUUGAGACAAAGGUAACAUUAAUCCAAACUGAGGAGUGUCCGCCUCAGCAGCCCCCACCUAUAGUCAUCACUAAGGACAUGGUGGAGUUAGAACAUGAAAUGCACGAGAACACCAAAUUAGCUAUAGACAACUUCAAGCAGGCAAAGAAGUUCUGCAUUGAUUAUAAUAAGGCUUUGUAUGCUAUAGUAGAAGCUCCUAUCGAGGAUUUGGAUAAGAAGAACUUCUCAUCUCUAAGAGGUGCUCAAAACGAACGCGACAAUUUAAUGAAGAAAGCCCACGAGUCUGCAUCUAAAGCGAGAUGCGCUAUUGAAACACUGGACCGUUUGAUAAAAGCGGGUGUUCAAGCUCCGCCGGAGAGUAUCGCGGCCACUCAGCGCUACAUCAAGAAGUUCCGCGCAGAUCUGCAGGAGGCUGAGGCUGCGUACAAGGAGGAGCACGAGAAGGCUGUACUCAGUGAUAGAUAUUGGAAUAAGGUGGAAGCAGCUCGUACGGAGUUCAAGGACGAGCUGCAGAUGCUGUUCCCCGGCGUGGAUCUGAGCUCCAGGAAGCUGGAGCUGCACGGAGACACUGACCUGCUGCUCAUGUAUACAUUGAAGAAGGUGCAAUAUUUACAAAAUGCAAUCGCAGAACUUCAGACCGUCAGGGAAUUGAAAAUAAAUCGAGCUAUUGAAUGUCACGAUGAAAAAGCUAUAAUUGAUGCUAAAGUGGAAGAAACAAUCAAACGGGAAUCGCUUCAUAAGGAAUUGGAGUUCCAGAAAAGGAGUCUCGCGAUUCAGGCUGAAGCAAAUAGAAGAAUGAAGGAACAAUUAAAGAAGCAAUUUGAAAUACAACAAGAAGUGUUGCAAGAUAAAUUGAAGGCUAAAGAUAAAGAGGUUUUAUCAAAGUUCAACAAGGCUGUGUCAGAAGAGGUGGAGAAAGAACGCGUUGUGUUCAAGAAGGACAUGGCCGCGAUGGCGGGGAAAUUGAUGGCCAUAGAGCAAACACUUAAAAAAAGAGCGAAGGCUGAGGAAGAGGCUCGUCGUUCUCAGUCUCUGUGGGCGGCGGCGGAGGCUCUGCUCUCGGCAACAAGACGAACUGGUGCUGAGGCUAAGAUAGACAAUGAGAUUAAGGCUCUGGAGAAAGCUGGUAAAGAUGACCGUUUGGUGCAGACAGUACUAAAUGGUAUACCACAAGAAGCACGUCAGAAAGGAAUUGCAACUGAAAAAUGUUUGUUAGAUAAAUUCGAAAAGUUGGAGAGAACCGCAAUGAAAGUUGCUCUGAUUGGCCGCGAGGGGGCCUCGCUGCCAGUUUACUUCUUGUCCUGGCUGCAGUCCAAGUUGUUGUUCCAAAAGUUUGCUGAAAUUCCUGAGGACGAGUUGAACAACAAACCGACUGACUUCACCAAAUUGGAUACAUUUGAUAUAAUACAGAGGGCGAGAUACCACAUGGACCACGGAGAUCUUCAGUCAGCUCUCCGCUACGUGAACUUGCUGCAAGGUGCUCCUCGAGCUGCAGCCGGAGACUGGGCUGAUGCUGCACGUCAUCACCUCGAGGUGCGCCAAGCGGCUCAGGCUGUGAUGGCACACGCCUCUGUAUCCGGACUCUUGUACUCAUAAAUGACCAAUGCAAUGCGAAUUUCAAGUUUGUAAAAUCA